ACAAUGCAAGUAACUGUUACCCUCAUUAAGGCUAAAUAAAUAUUUGCUGUGUGUAUAGUUGUAUGAUUAACUAUUUUAUUCAUAAACUCCAGCUCCACUGUUUGCCCAGUCUGCUCUUCUCAGUCUGGCCUCAGUCCAAAACCACACCUACUGCAGACUGAGAAGCAGAAAGUUCCUCCCACCGUCACACACAGAUGACUGAGAAAACGAAACUGAAUCCUAUCAGUGUUUGUGGUAAAAUGGCAGAAGACAGAGUUGCAGUGGAUGCAAAUGAGUUCAGCUGUGCAAUCUGUCUGGAUCUACUGAAGGAUCCAGUGACUAUUCCCUGUGGACACAGUUACUGUAUGAGCUGCAUUAAGAGCUGCUGGGAUCGGGAGGAUCAUGCUGGAGUUUACAGCUGCCCCCAGUGUAGACAGACCUUCACACCCAGACCUGUUCUGGGCAGAAACACCAUACUGGCUGAAGUGGUGGAAAAACAGAAGAGGACUGGACUACAAGCAGCUACUCCUGCUGACCAGUAUGCUGGAGAUGCGGAGUGUAACGUCUGUACUGGGAGAAAACACAAAGCUGUCAAGUCCUGCCUGGUGUGUCUGGCCUCCUACUGUGAAACUGACCUGCAGCUUCACAAUAAACUCCAUCAUGCAAAACAGCACAAGCUCAUUGAUGCCAUCAGCCAUCUGAAGGACAAGGUCUGUUCCCGCCAUGACAAACCCCUGGAGGUCUACUGCCGUACCGACCAGCAGUGUAUCUGUCUGCUGUGUGUGACGGAAGAACACAGAGGCCAUGAUACAGUCUCAGCUGCUGCAGGAAAGGCGGAGAUACAGAAACAAAUGGGUGAAACACAGAGGAAAUUUCAGCAGACAAUUCAGAUGAGAGAGAAGGAGCUGCAGGAGCUGAGAGAGGCUGUGGGCUCAUUCACAAUGUGCCGGGGUCUUCCUGUCACCCCUGAAGCUGGAUUUGGACCCAGAAUUUCUGUCAGUCCACACUAUUAUUUUGAAAAUGUGAGGAAGAUGGUUUCUGAACUGAAGGAUCAACUGGAGAAUGUCUGCAAAAAGAAAACAACAGAGAUCCAUCAAACAGUUGCCAAAGACGCCAUCUUACCAGUGUCAGUGCCCAGGACCAGAGCAGAAUUUUUAGAAUAUUCCUGUCAGCUCACUCUGGACCCCAACACAGCAAACAGACACCUCCAUCUGUCUGAGGGGAACAGAGUGGUGACAUGGAAGAAAGAGAAACAGUCAUAUCCUGAUCACUGGGAGAGGUUUGACUCAUUCUAUUAUGUCCUGUGUACAGAGGGUCUGACUGGGCGCUGCUACUGGGAAGUUGACUGGAGCGGGGAUGAAGUGAGUAUAGGUGUCACAUAUAAAGGAAUCAAGAGGAAAGGAGAGGGUAAUUCUAGCAAGAUUGGAUACAAUGACAAGUCCUGGCGUUUGCGCUACUCAACCUCCAGUGACUCAUUCUGUCACAAUAAAGUGAAAACUGCAGUAUCUGCCCCCCCCUCCCCCAGGAUAGGAGUGUACCUGGAUCACAGGGCAGGAACUCUGUCCUUCUACAGCGUCUCUGACACAGUGACCCUCCUGCACAGGGUCCAGACCACGUUCACUGAGCCCCUCUAUCCUGUGUUUCAGCUUUAUAAAAGUACAGCAAAACUGUGCUUUUAUAAGAAGUAAGAAGAGAAACAUCUAUUUGAAUUUGGUGUAUUUAACCUUUUGUCUGAAGAGUGGAAAUAAUGAAUAUGAAAAUAAAUACAAUAAAAGUACAAUUUACAGAUUUCUCAUAAUUUAUGCAUAGAUUCACUAGACCUUAGCCAGUAGUGCAGACUUAGAUUUUCAAACCUCCCUAAAUAUAUAUAUACACACACACACACACACACACACACACACACAGACACACACACACACACUAUACUGAUGGCUGUUUGGUUAGCAUUAGCAGAACAACAGGAACACUUUGAUGCUUCUGUCUUAUCUGCAGUUAAAGCAGUGAUGGACAGUGUGGUAUUGCUGCAACUGGCUGAGCUGAAACUUCAGAUUAAGCAAGCAAAUGACGCUGUGCAUAAUAGCACAACCAAUGUUGAACAAUUGGGCAAAGUCAUGAACAAAAGUCAGUCUCGAGUCGACUCUCUCCAAGCAACAUUGCGCACUAACAACCGAGACAGAGACCAAAAUGGGCUAAUGGCAUCCCUCACUUAUAAACUCACCGAAACGUAGGACAGGAGCUGAAGAUCCAACUUGAGACUUAGGCUUAGCCGAAUCAGCUGAAGGCUCAGAUGCCAUCGGGUUUUUGAAAACACACCUACCACAGUGGAUUCCUUCUCCGGCCACAUGCGAGAUAAGAGGUGAGAGAGCACACAGAUUGCACAGCACAGAUGAAAAAAAUAAGAACCGUCCUCGCACACUCAUUUUUAAGUUGCAGGACCAUGCUGACUGUCAACCCAUCUUGAAGGGAGGUCUUUCCCAUUAUCCGCGACCGGCGAACUCUAUCCUUUUUUUCUGACUACAGCGCCGCAACAGUCAUAAAAUGAAUGGGGUUCAACUACGUGAAAAAGAAAAUGACCUCAGUCAGUUUGAAACCAUUUCUUAUAUACCCAGCACAGCUCAAACUGAACUCAACACGACACCUAUAACUUUAAGUCACCGGAGGAAAGGGUGCAGAUUCUCUGCACUGUCCAGGCAUCCAUAGUGUCUCCCUCUACGGCCUCUUCAACAGCGUCACUUCCAGCUGUCCUGGCUAAUGUAGCGGCUCUGAACCCCGAUGACCAGUGCAGCGGCAUGGAGAACUCUGGUCCGGAGAUGCAUACAUACCAGCCUCAAGAUUAACAACAUUUUAUGUAACGGUACCAUCGACACAGCUGUCUCUCUGGAAUGAGAUGCAGAUAGGGGUAGCAGGUUGUAUCACAUACUUUUAAUUAGGAGGACAUUGCAUAGGGUAUUGUUACAUUGGUACUGACAAACUAGUCAUGACUAUUGGAUUUGAUUAUAUGGCAUUUGGGUUUGGGAUUGUUUGUGUGUUGCGGUUUAAUGAGUCACAGCUCAUAGUAAAUUUACUUUUUUUAAGCCUUGGGGUUUAAGUUUACUGGUUUAAGUUACUGGUUUAAGUUUACUGCUGUUCCCUGGCGGCUUGUUACCCCUCUGUACUUAUCACUUUUGCCGUCAUCUUCUUUUUCAUGUUCUUGUUUUCAGAAGUCUUUUACAAUGGGAACGCUGACUGUUCCAGUUUAACUGUUAAAACGUGGGACGUAGUAUAUGUAGUGUCACAGAUUUCUCUGAUUUCUUUUUAUUCAUCACAUGGGUGACAUUAACAUAGUCAAAGGUGGCAUGUCAAAGGCCUCAAUUCGCCAAUUAAACGCACUAGGGUUUUAGAAUUUCUGCGGCGUCACGGAGUAUCAAUCGCUUUUCUCCAAAAGACACACGUCAGACACGAUUCCAAAAUAGGCGUUUUAAGGUUAUAGCGCACUCAUGUGCAAAUACUAAGUCAAAGGGCGUUUUGAUUCUUGCAGGUAGACGUUUGCAAAUACAUUUAGACCACACAGAAGAUAAUGGUGGUAGAUUUGUUUUGCCGGCUGGCACUUUCAAUAACACACGGCUCUAUCUUCCAUUUACGCAUCUAAUGACUUCGACCCUAUGUUUCUGACGUCAAUUCAGAGUAGUUUGCUACAAUUCCCUGAGACUCAACUUAUACUGGGUGGUGACUUUAAUUCUGCUACAAAUCCUACAUUAGACCGUUCGCCUGGGAAUGCCUUUGGCCUAGCCUCUUCAAAUGCAUUCAAAGACUUAAAUCUAGUAGACAUAUGCCGAAUAGGUAAUAAUAAGAAUAACAUAUAUAAUAAUAAGAGUUCUCCUUCUAUUCAACACGCCAUCAGACUUAUUCCAGGAUUGAUUACAUCUUUGUUUCCACUUCUGUGAUUAAUAAUAUUGUGUUAAAAUGCUGCCUAUUCUUCUUUCUGACCACUCCUAUUAUUUGUAACUUUAUUCCUCCUGGCCAUCCUACACAAAUGAAAAGAUGUUGUUUUAACACCAGCCUAUUAACUAAUUUGGAUUUCAUGGAGUGCCUUAUCCCUCCAGAAAUCUGAAUUUAUUCUACACAGAACUAGACAGAAAUAUUAUUUCCAUGGAAAUAGACCUAGCCGGCAUCUUGACUGGAGGAUCAAUAAAUGCUAGCAGAGACAAACAGGGUCAAUUAAUAACAAAUCUGUAGCUGCUUGGAAACAUUUAGUGUUUUAAGUUAACUGAGUUCCUUAGAGGCCAAUGAUGCAUGUUUGUAAUAUUUUCUCAUUCUUUGUCUUGUUUUCUUUUUUACCAUUCACCUAUAACCCAUGUUAUUGUUAUUUUUAUCAUUUUUGUUAUUAUUAUUAUUAUUAUUUCUAUUGCUUUCUGGGUAUAUAUAAUUUUUUAUAUCUAAAAAAUAUUUUAAAUUUUUUUAUAUAAUGUGACGUACAGCUGUUUUCCCCUUGCUUGGACUUCAGUUUGUUAGUGUGAUGACGAUCAAUGUUUGGGUGUUUCCAUUUUGUGUUCUUACUUUCUUUGUUGCAGAAUCUCUUAAUAAUAAAAUAAGUUAAUCACAAAAAAAAUUACUUAUCCAGAUUGAGCAUUUAUAUGUGGAAAUAACAAAACUUAUUACAAAAUAAAAAUCAAUAAUUUCCUAAAUUUUUUGUGAAAUUUCUGUGUAGUGACGCCAAAGCUUGCUCUCACUUGUGUAGGUGUCUGUGUGUAUUCCAUUAAAAUAAUACCAGGUUUAAUUAGCAAAUGUUUUUGUCAAAGAAUACUUCUUAUGCAGUCAUUUAUACUUUUUAUUGGUAUUAAAAUCAGUAUAAAUUCA